AGAUAUUCUACCGGAAAUGCACAUUGUUUUUCAUUGUUCGAAAGGCAUGCACGAUUGAAGGGUGAAUGGAGGCAACACAGCUGAUCGAUGACUCAGUAUUGGAAGAGUCAGAGGAGGAGGAUGAUGGAGCGAUGCGAGGAGAGCCACUGGCCAAACUCAGAGUGUUAAAAAAUAAACACAUCACAGAGACUGAAUUGCCUCUCUACCAGGGAGAAAAUGUGUUGGGUCGAAACCCAGACUCAUGCUCCCUGCCCCUUGUGGCCCGCUCCGUAUCCAAGCAACACACCAUCAUCUCCAUCUCAAUGUUUCGCGGCAACCGUCUUCACGGCAACGUUGCCGCCAUGGAGACAGAGGCUUUAGUGUGGGACCUGGGCAGCAUGAACGGGACAAGGAAGGGCCGGACCAAACUGACCCCUCACGUCCGCUACGCUCUGACCGAGGGAGAGUGUGUGGUAAUAGCUGACAUCCCCUGCCAGUAUGUCUCUGUGGACCAGAGGGGGGGACAGGGGCACAUGCAGAACCCGACAAACGCACACUCUGGAAGGGGAAAGAGGUCAGGGCCAGACAGGAAGGCCCAGCUCAGAGGAAGCCCUAGCGGCCAAGGUCUGGGACGAGAGACUGGCACACCGAAGACUGAGGGUAGAGGAGUUAAUGGAGAGAUUGGGGCACCAUCGUUGACUGAGCUGGGUGGAAAGGGUCAAAAUCUGGCCAAACCCCUGUCGUUUGAACAAACCCCCACACAGCCUGAGAGGACACUGGUGCCUGAAUCUGACUCCGACGGAGAGCGAGAGGGACGGAGAGACAAACGGGGAAAGUACUUUGUCUCUGAUUCUGACUCGCACAUGUCCAGUCCCACCUGUUCUACAUUCCUCAGUCCUACAAACAAAGUAAUUCCAGAGAGUGAGGACGAGAGCCCCAUCACUCCCUCCUCCUCUGCUAAAAACAGACCCAAGAAAAUAGUGAGCUUCAGUGAGGAGGAGAGCGACAUGGAUGGACCGAGACAGCAGCCCAGGAGAAGAAGAGCACAAGAGAUAGUGGACGACAGUGAAGAAGAGGAGGAGGAGGAGGAAGGCACAGAGGCACUAGGAGAGAAGGAACCUGGGAAAAGGACAAGAGGAAAGGAGGACGUGUCAGUGGUGAACCAGGUCAGUCAAGCUGAGAGAGAUCGAUUAACCCCCUCUGCACCAAUGGUGUCUACAGAGGACACGUUUAACAUGGACAGUGACACAGACGUAGAGGGAGAGGAGGAGAUGGUACUGUCUGCACCUGUGAACGCUGUUAAGCCACCAGCCGCAACAGAACCUCCUAUUACAGACUCUGACCCAGGCCAGAUCCACAUGGACAGUGAUACUGAUGUAGAGGAAGGGGAUACUAUGGACGGUGACUCUAAGUUAAUGCUAACUGCUGCUGAUGUGGAGAAGAAACCAGUAGAUUCUGUCCCAAUGGUGCAACCAACAGAGAUACACCUGGACAGUGAUACAGAUGUGGAUGAUGAUGAUGUUGUUGUGUCAGACAGUGCUACCAAUGUUACCUCCUUCGUAUCCGAUCCGGCUGAGAAACCAGACGAUCCUGCCCCUGCAGUGCCACCCGUAGAAUUCCACCCAGACACUGACACAGAUGUGGAAGAGGAGGACACAGACACACAUUCCAAAACAGUUCCAGAAUCAGAUUCUAGUGGGAUCAGAACAGGGAUUGCUGGUCCCCAGGAGAUCCUUUUGGACAGUGAUACUGAUGAAGAAGACAACCCGUUUACCCCUCCGGCCAGCAGCAGAACAGCGGAGCUCCUUAAUCCACCCACCAGUGUAGGACCUGCAGCUGCUGCUCCUCUGGAGAUCAGGUCUGACAGCGACACAGACUUAGAGGAAGACGCUAAACAGACCAUGAACCUUCCUCCUAAUGUCACCACGGUAACGGAGGAUGCGAUGUUAGCGUCGCGACAGGCCGUGCUUCCAUCACCCACAAUAACAACAACAACCGGUGCUGUUACCAAGACAAUCGCUCUCAGGUCUCAGGACUCUGAUGCUGACACAGAUGCUGAGGAGGAGAGGUUGGAGCCCAAACCCCCCCGGUGUCGGCCCCCAGCAGGGAUGGUUCCGGAGUCGGACUUCAGUGAGCCCAGUGACUUCAUGGUGGACAGUGAUACGGAGGAGGAUGGACCAGGGAAGGCAGGCCAGGGACAGACUGCAUGUCGGCUCAGAGAGGGGGCAGCUGGCCCCAGGCUGCUCCCCCUUGGGGGAUCCCCUGGCCCUCAUCAGAAGUGCUCCACCCCUUUGGCAUCGUCAGUACAGGAGGAGAUGGAGACUCAGGCCUUCUUCUGUCCCUCUGACCCCUUCAGACACCCAGCUCUCCCUCCUGUGCUGAGGCCUACAGCAGCAUUGUCCUGCUCUGCAUCAGACAGCCAGGAGGACGAUGACUUUGUGGUGGCCGAGACCCAGUCAUUUGUGUUGGAGGCCCAGAACCAGGGCCAUCAGAGCAGCCUUCCAGUGGAACCAACCCUGGAUGCUACGCAGCCCUACAGUAAGGAGCCUUCCUUGGGGGAGGACCGGGAGGAGCAGCCCAGCCGAGGCUCCUUCCAGCUGGGUCUAUCAGACAGCAGCCACCUGCAGGCCAGGGACCAGGCCUCAGAGAGCACCCAGGCAUUCAGCUUGCCAGAUGGGGAUUCUGACCUGGAGGCCACCCAGACCUAUGGAUCUGGAGGUGGGAGAGGGGAGUCUGGCCUGGGUCAGAGGUCUGCGGUGUUCAGGAGGAACAGGCAGGUGGACUUUGUCUUGGAGGCAACACAGGCUUAUGCUGCCCAGCCUCGCAGUGACACAGAGGAGAAAGAUGAGGAGGAGACGCAGCCCUUGGAGUUCCCCACCCCGUCUAAUGUUGCUACGACUGAAACCGUGCCCAUGUCUGCCUAUGUGGAAGAGGACGGUGAGGAGGAAGAUUUGGUUGGGGCCAAGCCCCUGACCCCAGUAAGGAGAGGGAGAUCUGGAGGAGCGAGGGAGAGAGAGGAAGAGGAGCAGGAGACCCAGACUGGUGAGGUGCUGACCAACCAAUACCUCUCCACAGCUCAAACUCUGGACAUGGUCCAGGAGAGUGAUGAUGAGGAAGAAGCCAAACCAGACUCGCCCAGAAGAAGACGGACCCAAAAACAGACAGUAGACGAGGAAGAGACACAGACUGUUGGAUCCUACCUCUCCACUGCUGAAACCCAGCCCAUGUUUACUGCUGCUGCUGAGGAUGAUGAUGAUAAUGAGGAGGAAGAACUCAAACCUCCAUCACCCAGAAGGAGGGGAAUGUCCCAGAGAGGGAGAGUAGAAGAGGAGGAGACACAACCUAGUGAGUUCCUCACCAGCUCCCACAUCUCCACCACUGAAACUCAGCCUAUGGGUACUUGUGACACUGAGGAAGAGGAGGAGGAGGACACCAAAGCUAAAGGACAGGCUCAGAGAGAGCGAGGGAAAGAGUUGGAGGCUGGGACAAGCGGUGUCAGCAGUAGAGAUGGAAGAGGAGCUAGAGGAGGAGAGGAGGAGAACUCUGAGACUCUGAAAACGCAGAUGAGAGGGAAGGGGAAAGCUGUGAACACCGCGGGAGGCGGAGGGAGGAGAGAGGUGUUGCCUGAGGAGGAAGAGAGUGAGAAAGAAGAAGAGGCGGAGGUGGUUGAGCAAGGGAGGAGGGGAAGAGGAAGAAAGAGUGUGAAACAACAGAAAGAGGGAGAAAAAGAAAGACUUGAGGAGGAAGAGGGAAUAGAGAAGGAAAGACAAGAACAGGCUGAGAAGGAACGGUUGCAGAAGGAAAAGGUAGAAUCAGAAAGGGUUAUGAAGGAACAACAGGACAGAGAGAGCAUGGUACAGGAACUUAAAGAACAAGAUGAGAGAUUAGAGAGGGAGAAAAGAGAAGAAACAGAGAGAUUAGAGAGGGAGAAAAGAGAAGAAACAGAAAGGAUGGAGAAAGAGAAAAGAGAAGAAACAGAAAGGAUGGAGAGGGAGAAAAGAGAAGAAACGGAAAGGAUGGAGAGGGAGAGGAAAGAAAUAGAAGAGAGGAACAGACUGGAGAGGGAGGAAAAAGAGAAGCAAGAACGAUUGGAGGUAGAAAACAGGGAAAGGGAAGCGCUUGAGCGAUCGGAGAGAGAAAGGGUGGAGAAAGAGAGGAUCGAGGGAGAACAAGCAGAAAAGCAAAGAUCGGAGAAAGAAAAAAUGGAAAGGGAAGAGAAUAGAAAACAGGAGAGAGAACUAUUGAAGAAGAAAAAGGAAGAGAAGGAGAGAAACCUGAAAGAAAAACUGGAGAGGGAGAAGAAGGAAAGAGAAAAGAGGGAAGCCGAGGAGAAAGAAAAGGAGAUAAAAGAACGACAGGCAAAGGAACAAGAAGAAAAACAAGCCAAGAUAGACGACGAAAAUGAGCUAAAAACAUCCAGGAGAGGUCGCAGAGCAACAACCAGGAGAACCGUCACGGUUCCACCCACAACGGAACCACAACCUGAACUUAAUAUUCUGUCCAGCACACCAGAACCAGUCCCAGCUAGUAUAACUAGGUCUCGCUCCAACUCUUCCAACUCUGUCAGCUCUGAGAGAUCCAGCAUGGGGAGCAGAGGGAGAGGGGGCAGGAAGACCACUAGCACCACAGAGCCAGCCCCGGGUCCAGACAACCCCACCCGCAACAGCACCAGGAGAAGGACGUUGGUAGGGACGGUUGUGGCUCCCCCUGCUGCUGUGGAGGUCACAGUGCAGGACAUUCUCUCCAGCGAACAGUUUGUUGCCAGGAGAACCCGCUCCAACUCCCACAGCUCCACCAACCCGGAGGUCUCCACCUGUAUCGUGGAUAGCGUGAGCUCUCAGAGCAAAGGGAGGGGAGGAGGCAGAAGGAGGAAGACUGGAACAGAGUCUGUCUCUCCCAGUAACAGGCAGAGUGAGCAGCCUCCAGCCCACAAGCCCACGGCCAGAGGCAGGAGAAGCCAGAAGGUUGAGGAUGAUGGUCCACACCCUGUUAUUAAUGAGAAGGCUGAUUCUCAGGAGGCUGGUGGUACCACUAGAGAGCAGAAUAAAACUGCCAAAACCAAUGAGCCAGACCCUGUAGUAGCAGAUGAAGAAACCACUCCAGCCCAGGUAACCGAGGACUCCCCCACUCCUAGAGGGAAUGGAAGAGGCCGGGGCCGAGCCGGCCAGAAAGACAACACACCGGAAUCCACCACUACAACAGCAGGAGGGGACACUCCAAGUGAAAAGGGAGUGGGGUCUAAAACAGGUGGGAGAGGGAAAGGGAGGAAGAGGGGGCUGGAAGAGGAGGAGGAGGAGAACAGUGGGUUCAAGGUUCCCCGGAGGAAAGCUAAGGUUCAGAGGGGAGGGAGACGCAGGGCAGCAGAGGAGGAAGGAGAGAAAGAGGAGAAACCUGCAUCCACUCUAGCAAAGAGGGGCAGAACCUCCACUGCACAGGUGAAAAAGAUAGCAGAGGAGGAGAAGAGUAUGGAGGGACAGAGUGAGAAGAUGGAAGAGGAAGAGGCUGGUGCUGUGCAGAGGAAAGUCCGAGGCAGGCAGUCGACGGUUCAGAUAAAGAAGAAAGAGGAACCUGUUUUGGACUCUAAUUCUGUGGUGCCCCAGACCCCUACAGGUAAGGGUAGAGGUAAACGUAGGGCCCCUGUGGAAUCAUCACCACUAGCCAGGACCCCUCGCUCCUCCUCUGCCUCACCCCUGUCCUCCCUCUCCUCCCCUGGGACACUGGGCCCAGCGAGGGCCGCCACGCAAUCCUACAGGGUGUUGUUUACAGGAGUGGUGGAUGAGGAGGGGGGAGAGGUGGUGUCUUGUCUGGGGGGCAGCCUGGCGAAGGGCGUGGCUGACAUGACCCACCUGGUGACUGACCGGGUCCGACGCACCGUCAAGUUCCUGUGUGCUGUGGCCCGCGGCGUGCCCGUCGUCACCACCGAUUGGCUGGAUAAGUGUGGUAAGGUGGGUCGUUUCCUACCUACUGACAGGUACCUGGUGAAGGAUAGGGAGCAGGAGAUCAAGUUCAGCUUCUGUCUGGAGGAAUCACUGAGGACCGCCAGCACCCAACCUCUACUACAGGGUUAUGAGGUCCAUGUGACCAGGUCAGUGUUGCCAGAGCCAGCCCAGAUGAAGGACAUCAUCGUCUGUAGCGGAGCUCGCUUCCUCUCCACAAUGCCCUCCACUCGGAAGGCCCAGGCCCGGACCCUAGUGAUAUCGUGUGGAGAGGACUGGUCUCUCUGUGCUCCUGCACUCUCUGCUUCUCUCCCCGUCCUCAGUGCUGAGUUCCUGCUAACUGGUAUAUUACAGCAGAGAGUGGACCUGGUAACCCAUGUCCUCUCAGCCCCCAAACCCAGGGCCCAGCCAGGAGCCAAGGGCCAGGCCAGGGGGAGGAAGAGAAUGUAACAAAGACCAAACUCCCCUGGGUGGUAUUCAUUAGUGCAUACUGUAGCAAAACCAUAUGCAACACAAAACAAACACUAGUUUUUCUUAUUGGACAAGUGCAGGUAAUCCCUCCCUGUUUUAGUCUGUUUUCUACCGUUAGGUUAAUAUGACCCUGUCUACAGGGCCAGGGAGAAGGCAUUACAGUUCCAGAGAAGACCACAGACGUGUGGGUGUGUGUGAUGGUGUGUGUGAUGGUGUGUGUGUGUGAUAGCAUGCAGCACCCACCUCCAUCUGUAUAGAGAACAGUAGCAGGACCAGGCCUCAGAGGAGUGGUAACUACAGUACUACCACCCUGGAGGGGCUGGAGACCAUUAGACACCUGAGAGAGGGGAGGAUUCGGAUGUACAAGAGACAGUGGCAGCAUCCCAAAUGGGACCCUAUUGCUUACUUUUGACAAAGAGCCCUGCACUAUGUAGGGAAUAGAGUGCUAUUUGGGACACAGACGUAAAAGGCUGUUGAGAGGAGACUUCCACCUGUAUGACCAACUAGACUAGAUAGUUGAGAAUGUAUUCACUCUGAUAAGAAGACAAACAAACCCAAGAGAUGGACAUCUAUUCCUAUGUUUAUGAGGGUAGAGAGAAAAUACAUGCAGAGAAAUGCUCUGAAUAUAUUUGUGUUCAUAAAAAAUGAUAUAAAUAUGAGUUAACAUAGAGGAGUCUGAGUAAUGGAUGAGAUCAUUUACUGCCUAUCCCGGUCAUUUAUUUCAUGUCUCUUCCUCUUUUCCUGUCUUCCUCCCUCUCCUGAUCCUUUAUCUAUACUGAUUAAAAGCCAUCCUCUCGCCUUUUGUAUAAAGAUAACAAAUAUAUAUGUUAGUGCCUAUUUUACGAGGAUAGUGUUGAAUAUACCAGGUAUCUGUCUUCACCAGCUGUGAUUGCAGAAGGGACAUGUCUUCAAUCUUAGAAAAAGGACCGAACUGAUUGUCUUAAUGCUGCUCGUCCAUCUACAUCUUUGUAUGUCUAUGUGUCUUUAUUUACCGACCAAUAAACCUUUUGUACUGAACCUCUGA